GUUGGAUCAAAAUAAACCAUCCUCUUUCUACCACAGGCCCGCUGUCGUUUAUAUUUCCAUACAAGCUUCCUCCAAUGUUGCUAGAACAACCUAUACCACCAAAUAAGCUGCCCUCUGAUUUGCCUUUCACCACAACGGCUGAAAAGGACAAGAGUGCAACAAUAGUCUACGAUAUUGAUGACAAGGAAAACCGACUCAAGUGGGCAUUCCGCAAGGUCGACGCUUCAACGCUCUUUCUCCUAUUCCUUAGUCAAGUCAUGAAUGCGUUGGAUCGUAGCAACUUGGGUCUGUCCAAGGUCGUUGGGCUCGAAAGGGAUACGGGUAUGUCUGGCUCCGACUUCAACGUUGUCAACAGCAUCAUGUAUCCAACCAACUUGCUUUUCAUGCUACCAAGUAACCUGAUGGUACGCAAGGUUGGAGCGCGCCUCUGGCUCCCUUUUCUCACUAUGCUGUGGGGUAUCAUUAACAUGUGCAUGGCCUUUGUAAAGAACAAGACGGACUUGAUCCUCUGCCGGCUGUUCCUCGGCGCGGCGGAAAGCGGCAUAUCGCCUGGUGCAUUGAUGCUCAUUGCGCUGUGGUAUCCGCGUAGCAUGGUCACGUCACGUGUUAGUCUAUUCUACUCUGCAGUUGCUGCGGGAGGCGUAAUUGGCGGUCCUAUCGCAACUGGCAUCGGGAAAAUUACAAGCACUCGCUUCAAACCCUGGGGGUGGAUCUUUUUCAUCGAGGGCUUAGUCACAGUUGGGUAUAGUCUUAUCAUGUUUAUUUUCCUGGCAGACUACCCCGAUAAGAGCUGGGUCCUACGGGCCGACGAAAAAGCAGCGAUUAGCCAGCGCAUGGCGCAGGACCAGGCCGAGGGCGGCAAGGAAGCCAGUCAACUACAAGCGUCUGCUCGGCCAUACGCAGGAUCCACUUAUAUACUGUCAAUCGCUGGUUCAGUUCUGUUCCAACUUUGGCCUAAACACAAUCAUGACCUUCAGCGCGAUCAUUGUCAACGAGAUGGGCUACAGCGCGAGCGCAUCACAAGCGAUGCAGGCGGCACCAGGGAUCUGCGGGUUCGUUGGGAUCAUUCUUGCGCGUUUCUACCCAAAGUGGUUUGGAUCGCACUAUCAUGGCAUACUGUUCUGCGCAGCCUGGCUCAUCAUCGCAUCUGCUAUUCUUCUGGGGUCACUGGCAACGUUGCCCGGAUCAUUGCUCUCUGUAUACUCUCGUUCGCCAGCUUUGGCAGUCUCGGCGUUGCGCCAGGAUGGCUGAUGAGCAACGCUGCUGGCCCUACACGUGCUUCCGCAUCCAGUGCUAUUGAUGCAAUGCUCGCUACCCUCGGUGGUCUCUGUACCUCAUACAUCUACCGUAACAAGGACGCUCCCAGAUACAUAUUUGGUCACGGGAUGAACAUGUUUGCCGCUUGUUUGAUGGUGGUUGUGUCUACCAUAUCACAUUUCAUCAUCGUCCAUCGCAACAAGCUGAAGGAGACUAGCCCGACUGAUAUCUCUGGGAUGUCACAAACUGAGAUUGACUUGCUGGAAAACGACCACCCAGACUUCCGCUAUGUCAACUAGCUACUGAUAUACCUUUUAAGGAAAUUUCUCAAUAUGCUACCGUAUAUUUGAUGAUCCUCUUGAAUAAUAUCGUGAGCACGCGCAGGCAUCUUGUCCAGGCAGUAGUAGCGAUAAGCAAGCGAAUGCAUGAGCUACAAACGCCUCUCUGAUCAGCCAACUCUUGAUCCAAUGCUAGUGCCUGCCCCGAGCGCCACACAGUGACUACUAGUGUAGUGCACUAGAGGUGUAGAAUGGAA